CUCCUACCCUUCAUCAAAACGCGCAGUCAAUGGGUCGGGUUCACGUGGUGGCGGCAGAGCAAAUGUAUAAAUUUCGUCUAAAUCAAAAUCUGCUUGAUUUGAUUAGGAAAAGCAGAAGGCAUCACUGAGCUUCUCCACAGUCCACACUGAGAUUAAUCGCUCAUACGGUUGUUUACAAGGCGCGAUGGCUGAUGAAUCGGAGAUAUACGACGGUAUUAGGGCUCAAUUUCCCCUUUCGUUCGGCAAGCAAGCACAAUCUCAAACCCCUCUCGAAAUCGUCCACAGCACCACCCGCCGCGCGACCUCCACGGUGCCGGAUGCGAAUACUGUGGAUGGGAAACCCAACAAUUCAUCUUCUAAGAGCAAAGACAGUCUUUAUUUAGCUCCAUCUUCCCAAUCUUUGUUAGAGUCGUUCAAGAACGCAAACCAUAGGAAUCCGAAGAAGAGCGUGACAUUUGGACCUCCCCGGCCCACCAUUGAGUUUGACGGGAAUGGUAAGGAGGAAGAGGAGGUUUCCAUGAUAGGACCACCCCGACCUUCAGUUGAGACAGAUGGUAAAGAUGAUGUGGCCGUUAUUGGACCUCCACUGCCUCCAGCAGUAGAUGACGAGGAGGAUGAGCCAGUGAUUGGACCGCCUGCACCACCACCUGGUCCAGUUGAUUCUGAUUCAGAUGAUGAGAUGGAAGAGGAAGAAGAAAACCUGUAUAGGAUACCUCUGAGCAAUGAAAUAGUAUUGAAAGGGCAUACAAAGGUUGUUUCUGCACUUGCCGUGGACCAUACAGGAUCCAGAGUUCUUUCUGGUAGCUAUGACUAUAGUGUUCGGAUGUAUGAUUUCCAAGGGAUGAAUGCCCGGCUACAGUCAUUCAGACAGGUAGAGCCAUUUGACGGUCAUCAAGUUCGUAGUUUGAGUUGGAGUCCCACAGCAGACCGUUUUUUAUGUGUCACUGGCUCAGCUCAGGUCAAGAUAUAUGAUCGUGAUGGAGUUGCUUUGGGUGAAUCUGAAAGGGGAGACAUGUACAUUCGUGACCUCAAGAAUACUAAAGGACACAUUUCUGGAUUGACGUGUGGUGAAUGGAACCCCAAAACAAAAGAGUUGAUCUUAACAUCAUCAGAAGAUGGGUCACUGAGAACGUGGGAUGUGAAUGACUUUAAAAGCCAAAAGCAGGUCAUUAAACCAAAACUUUCUAGGCCUGGGAGAGUUCACGUGACUACGUGUUGUUGGGAUCGUGAAGGAAAGCGCAUUGCAGGUGGUAUAGGAGAUGGCUCUAUACAGAUAUGGAAUCUUAAGCCUGGAUGGGGAAGCAGACCGGACCUACAUGUAGUAAAUGCACACACAGACGAUAUUUCUGGAGUCAAGUUCUCAAGUGAUGGAAGGAUUUUAUUAUCAAGAAGCUUUGAUGGUUCAAUGAAGGUUUGGGAUUUGCGAAAGAUGAAAGAACCCCUCAAGGUUUUUGAUGAUCUUCCAAAUCAUUAUGCACAAACAAAUAUUGCCCUCAGUCCAGAUGAACAGAUCUUCUUGACUGGGACAUCUGUUGAGAGGGACAGUACAACUGGAGGCUUGUUAUGCUUUUAUGAUCGGGCAAAGCUGGAGCUUGUGUCAAGAGUUGGAAUCUCUUCUACUUCCAGUGUUGUACAGUGUGCUUGGCACCCAAGGUUAAAUCAGGUAUUUGCUACGGCAGGAGAUAAGCGUGAGGGAGGAACACAUGUACUAUAUGAUCCAACCCUUAGUGAAAGAGGAGCUCUUGUCUGUGUUGCACGCGCACCCAGGAAAAAGUCUGUUGACGAUUUUCAGGCACAGCCGGUGAUUCACAACCCACAUGCACUGCCCUUGUUCAGGGAUCAGCCUAGCCGUAAACGUCAACGCGAGAAGAUGUUGAAAGAUCCACUCAAGUCUCAUAAGCCUGAAGUGCCCAUGAAUGGACCUGGUCAUGGUGGUAGGGUGGGUUCAACCAAGGGAAGCUUGCUUACACAAUACCUUCUCAAGGAAGGUGGGUUGAUAAAGGAGACUUGGAUGGAUGAAGAUCCAAGAGAAGCUAUCCUGAAGUAUGCUGAUGCGGCUGCAAAAGAUCCAAAAUAUAUCGCUCCAGCAUAUGCCCAAACGCAGCCUCAGCCACUCUUCCAAGACUCAGAUGAAGAUGAAGAUAAAUGACUUGGAAAUUUUGAACCUCCCUCUGUUGGGUGAAUCGUUAAAUUGUCCCAAUUGCUUUCAUAUUAUGUUUGUCAUAGUGGAAAGUGCAUCUAUAAUCCAGCAGCAGUAGGCAUUAGCAAUUGCAUUUUGUGCCAUUGAGGUGUUUUGUACUGUAUCAUUAAGCUCAACUAAAGGAAUGAUGAUUGAUUGUUAUUCUUCUUCCUGAAAGCAUAGUUGUAGAAAUCUCCGACUAUCCCUGUCUAAACACUAGGUGGUCUUUUGUCGCCUAUGUCACUCCUAGGUGCUAGAUAUUGGUCUCUAUCGUUAUUUAA